UCAAAACAAGAUUUUGAUGAUGUAAAUUGGUAUCGAGGAAGAUAGUUUUUAAUUAAAUUGUUUAGUUACAUACGUUUGUAAAAACCGUAAUAAAAUUAAGUCGAAUAUGGUGGAAUUUAGAUUGUGAUUUUCUAAAAUGGCUAUGAAAAUAGGAACUGUUGAUGAAAGGAAUCUUGGGAUUAAAGUUGAGGGAGACCUUGGUGAUUUACAAAUUAUAGAGGAAUAUAGUGAAAGCGACGAUGAGAAAAAUGAGGUACCGGGAGAGUUUCAUAAAGGCACCAUAGCCAAUAUCCCUAAUAAUUUGGUAAAAGCUAGCGCUACACCAGUAUUUGGAACUGUGGCAGUGACUAAUUCUGAAAAUGUUCAGUUCGGAAAUAACACAUUUUUUAACGGCCCCGUGACUAUAAAACAAGUUAUUCAGACAAGAUCAGGCAUUGACAAUGCAUCAUAUCAAAAGACUGAAGAUGAGAACCCUCCAAAUGGCAAAUUCCAGCCAAAGAAUGAACCCUCAUUUAUUGGGAAGUUGGAAAUCAAGACCUGGCACAAAUUGUCACUUUCAGCAGUAGGUAUCAUUUUAUUUGGUGGUGUUUGUGCUGUAGUGCUCAUUAUGCUGCAAAGGGACCGGCAACAAAGCGGUACCACCCAACCUACUGGAGAUAAUUCUUCAAACCAUGCACAGGUGACCAUGCAGGUGGUGGGGUUAUGCUGUGAGAAUGUUCAAAUAAUUGUGUUAUCCGUCUUCCUUGUGCCAAUAACUUAUUUAAUGUGGGUGUGUUACUCAUUAUUAACAAUUGGGACCAACUAUUUCCAGCAGAAUAAGGAUGAUAUUUGUAGCAGCCCAACACAAAGUUUUAAACAAUAUAAAGCAGAUGACCUGUUGAUAGCACCUGACCAUCUGAGGAUCGUAUCGAGGACCGACUGGCUUGCGCAGCCUGUGGAAAAAUCUGUGGAACCUAUAAAGCUUCCUGUUCCAUGGGUCAUCAUCACGCACACAGCUACUGACAGUUGCUUUACCCAGAGUGCAUGUGUGCUGAGAGUCCGUCUGAUGCAAACAUUUCAUAUUGAGUCAAGAGGUUGGAGUGAUAUUGGCUAUAAUUUCUUGGUUGGCGGCGACGGCUCCGCUUACUAUGGACGUGGUUGGGAUCAGAUUGGCGCUCAUACAAAAGGUUACAACAAAUACAGCAUAGCUAUAGCUUUUAUAGGAACAUUUAAUUCAGAAAACCCGACUAAAAAUCAGGUCGAAGCGUGCAAAAAGUUGAUUAAACUGGGUGUCGCGGAAGGUAAACUUGCCAAAGAUUACAAAUUAUUUGCUCAUCGACAACUUAUGUCUACACUGAGCCCUGGCGACAAAGUAGUUGAUAUUAUAAAGACAUGGCCGCAUUUCGUAAAUGAGACUGACCUGACUUCCCUAAUUCCAAAUUAUUAAAAUCUUGAAUCAUUUCGUUUGUUAUCUAGAUUUGUUUAAAUGAUAUUAAUGUCUUUACGCCUACAUAAUAUCGAUGGUCUAGACAGACCUAAUAACUACGGAUAGCUUAAUUUUUCAAAAAAUCGAAACGGGAGUGAGAACUCGAAACUGGUGAAACCUUGUUUAUAUUAAUGCAGUUAAUUAGGACUACGGCUUGAAUUAUCUGUUAUGUUUUUUGUAGUAUUCGGAUAUAACGAAUAUUAGGAAUUUUAUUAUUAUCUGGAUGUCCGUUUAUUUCGAAUAAUUUAAAACUAAAGUAUAAUUUUAAAAUAUUAGUAACUUUUAAGUCUAACAGCCUCCGUGGUCUAGUGGUUAGAGCGUUAGGCUCACGAUCUGGAGGUCCGGGUUCGAUUCCCGAUGGGGACAUGGUCGAAAUCACUUUGUGAGACUGUCCUUUGUUUGGUAAGGACUCUUCAGGCUUGAAUCACCUGAUUGUCCGAAAAAGUAAGAUGAUUCCGUGCUUCGGAGGGCACGUUAAGCCGUUGGUCCCGGCUAUUAGCCGUAAAAACACCUCCACCAACCCGCAUUGGAGCAGCGUGGUGGAGUAUGCUCCAUACCCCCUCCGGUUGAUUGAGGGGAGGCCUGUGCCCAGCAGUGGGACGUAUAUAGGCUGUUGAUGAUGAUGAUGAUCCCAAAUGCAUGUUCCCUAUUGUAUCUCACUCCACACGGCACCUUACAUGAUGACGCGGCCAUUGCCGCAAACAAAUGCCGAGAAAACGAGAAAACUGCUUCUUCUCGCAAACGACCUGAAAGAGUUGUGAAGCAGUUUGGACCUAUACCUAUGAGGACUUAAAUAAAAUGCGAGGUUUUCCGCUGAAUACUUAGUCGUAUAUUUGCAAUCCUAAGUUUGUUUCAGUUAUUACACUAAUGCGACUAGAGUGACAAAUAUUUUUUUUAUAAUAAACCGUAGGCAACCGUAACAUAAAUUAUUGCUAAAACAUUAAAAGAAAAGAAUUCGUCUAUCUUUUUCCAAUACAUUUUGACGUAAGUUAAAGAGCGCGGUAUGUGUGCUAUCCAAGUUAUAUGUUGUUAAAUUCAAGGAUUUAAUUUUCCGCGGACAUGACUGAACUGGAAAUGAAAUAUAAUUUCCAGGCUACGUUCACCAAAAACAAUAUAGAUGGUCUUGUACUGCUAAUGUGAUAAUUAGGUACCUAUUUUCUCAUUACUCGGGUACAUAAUUAUUCCAAAAUACAAUGUAAUGGCAGAAGCAUAAUAUAAUAUAUAUAAAUAUUGGUUGCCUAAUAUUUGGAUCACAUUAUGUAUACUUAGAAUUAUGUUGCUACCUAUAUUGCUUCUCUUUAUUUUGAUCUCAUUAUUUUGAAAAUAUAAUUGUGGCUGGGUGUAAUAAAAAGUGUCAUCAUUUAAAACAAAGAUAACAGAUGCUUAUAAAUGUUUGUUAUCCAUGAAAUUAGAAGGGUAAAACGAAUGAAAAUGUUAAGACGGCGCCGAAACAUUUUACUUGUAUUUUACUAAUGUCCCAAAGAAUCGGCUCGCCAAGCGUCGUAAUGACUUUGAGUUGCCGGCGUAACCAUGCAUAACUUUUAAUUAUAGCCCUUUGAGAAGUUCUUUCCGGGUUACAUUUGUCAUCAAAAAUCGAAUAAGUAUUUUGCACUUAGCACGUUUGACUUCUAGGCCAUCGAUAUUAUUGACUUUAUUACACUGCCAUCUGCUAACAAACGCAAAGACACGUACCUAGGUACUUUGGGUUUGCCUAAGUCUGGCUGGCUGGAGGUUAUGGAACCCUAAUAUUAUUGAAAUUGUCUUCGUUUUAACACCGUUUUCAACUACAUAAUAAAUGGAACAGAGAAAUAAAGUUUGACAAGCAUUUUCAGUUGACUUAUGUAUAAAAAACUAUUCUGCUGGUUGAAAAUUGAACCAAAUUGAAACAAAAUUAAGUUAUCCCUAGAUUCGAUAAAUAAAAUUUGGAACUGAACCCUUAUACAGGGUGUUAGUGAAAUCGUAACGAAAACUUUGAGGGAUGAUUCAGACCAUGAUUCUGAGUUGAUAUCAAGUGGAAUUUUAUGUCGCAAAAGUAUGGAUAGGAAAAUAAUUAAAAUAAAACACAAAAAAUUCAUGAAUUUUUUGACAGGAAAUUCCACUUGAUAUCAACUCAGAAUCAUGGUCUGAAUCAUCCCCCUCAAUAUUCGUUACGGUGUCACUAACAGCCAUACCUACUUGUAUGGCUACCGUAUGUACUUGUACGGGGUGUAAGUGACAUCGUAACGAAUACUGAGAGGGAUGAUUCAGCUGAUUAUUCUGAGUUAAUAUCAAGUGGAAUUUUCCAUCACAAAAGUAUAUAAAUAAUUUUAAAAAACUAAAAAAAAUACAUGAUUUUUGCGACGGAAAAAUCCACUUGAUAUCGACUCAGAAUCAUGGUCUGAAUCAUCCCUCAAAGUUUUCGUUACGAUGUCACUAACACCCUGUAUACUCGCGCCUACGGCAUGGGGUCCCGCUGAGUGACUCACACGUUUUUAAAUAAUGUCACAAGAAAUCUAAAUAGGACAUUCCAAAUCGUAGCUGAUCAUAAAUGUUGCUGAGAUAGAUAUUCUUUUCAAAAUUGAGUUAAGACUGAAUCUUGUGUGACUAUUUUAAUGGCUGUAAAAACAGCCUUUACAAAAGGUACAAAAAACAAUAAGUGUUGCCUAAAUCAUCGCUUAACGUUAUUUGUCGUGUACAAAUAGAGGAUUUGUAAUUUUUAAACUCUAUUAAAGUACGCUUAGUUUAAGGUUUUAGAGAUAUUAAAGACGGGGGUUUUCUGUCACUUUUUGGGGGAGGUGAGGUAUACACGUACAGCACACAUCUACCCUAUAACCGCAUGCCAACACAAAACCGUCACACAAAUAAAGCACGAACCAAUUGUUCAUGAACUUCGGCAGAAAGUAGCGUGUACGUAUGGCAACUCCCGUCUAUGAUUUCUCUGAGAACUACACUACGCGAGUGUUUUAUUAUGAUAAGUAGCUAUGUCACUGUAAAAUCCCGAACUGUGAUAUGUCAGAUCUUACGAACACUAUACCUAAAUCAUUCAAUUUACUAAUGUGGUGUCGACAGGUCGGCUAAAACACUUUCGCAAUUAAAAACAACAAGUGAAUUAUACAUAAAAUUAAGCAGUCUAUAUAUACGUGCCACUGCUGGGCAAACGCCUGCACUGGUAUUUCACACACUGAAAUGAUUUAUAAUUAAUAAAGAUUGCUCUUUGGGCUCCGCUAGAACUGCAAUAAGUAAGCUAGUUUCCAAUUAGUCAAAUCAGUUACUUUUUACUAAACGUCAAAACACGUAAAUUAUUGAGAAAUUUGUAUAAAAAAAGCACACUGUGACGUCAUAGAAAAACGUGAUAAAAUGUCGGACUUAUCGUUUUUCUUUAUUAUCAUUCAUAAAUAAGUUAAAUAGAACAAAUAAAAUGUUUUUCGCCUGUUUUAAAUCUGUAUUUAAUAAGUAAUCAGUAUUUCAUAAGUUAUCUUUGACCUAGGAAACUACCCAAUUACACAAUCUUAGUAACCUUGGUAACUCCUUGGUAACCCAACAGUGUCACGGUUCCGUGAAUUCCUAUGGUACAUAUAUAUAAUUUGUACUGUAGUAUCCGCUCUGAUUAAGAUUAAUGUUACCACUAUUAUUAUUAGGUAUAUUGGGUUCAUCAUCGUUCGGUAUUUUAACAGUAUUAUGUAUGUCAAUUUGCGGUUAAAGUUAGUAGUGAAAAUAAAGGUUUAUACUUAAUAUUAUUCAACCUAGGUACCUAUUAAUGUUUCAUUCGCUAUAAAUGUCUAGUCUUUAGCCGCCUAAACGUAAUAUUAGCCUAAACUCAACGGCUAGAAAUUUAUAUUUGUAAAAUGUAUUCGAAAAUAAACCUAAGUUUGGAUGGAUAAUUUUAAGCAUAUCAUCUAUGUUACUUAACUUUAGCCGUGAAAUAUAAACUAAUGGUCCUAGUUAUUUAGUAAUCGUUCGAUUAUUUAAAUAAGUUCUAACUGCCAAGAAUUUUAUUUUGUUGUUGCUGUUGACGUUGUCUUCUUCGACGACACUUUAUAAAUUACUGGUAGCCGAAUUACUAUUUUUAGACCCGAGUUAUCCUUAAUAUGUUUAAUCUACUUAUAUCCUGGGAAAUAUCUAUAUUUGUUAGAUAACUGUUGUCAGUGCCACGUCAAAGGUGGUUACUAGUUACUGAAAAAACAAUUAAAAGGUGCUACGACGAAGUGUUAUUGAAUUAAGUAAGUAAGUAAGUAAGUAGGGUACAUACUAUUUUUAUAUUAGACCCGUACUGUGAUAAGAUUGAAUUAGAAUAUAAAAAUAUGUUUUAGUUGUUAUAAAAUUGUCUUCAUCUUGACAUUUCUUUUUAUUAUUAGAAAUAUAAUAUGCUCAUUUCUUCUUACUAUUAAAACAUAGGUAAAAAAAAUGCAAUAUUAAAAAUAAUAUUAUAAGUAGGUGGUUAGAUAUCACAUUUUUCGUGUUAAGUGUGAGAACCUAUAUUAUAAAAUGGGUAACUAUUAUUUCUAUCAUAUAUUUCUUUGUCAAUUAAAAGCAAUCUCUAAAGCAAAAUGAACAAAUUUUAGGCCUAUAAAAAUUGUGAUAUGAAUUUAUAAAACUGCUUUUUGCGUGUAUGUUUUUUAUAAUAUAUUUUAUAUAUUUUAUGAAUAGUUUAUAGGUAUUAUUAUUGCAUUAGGUUAGUACCUAUAGGUAAGGGAAAAUUGAGACAAAAUGUAAAUAAAUGUUACCAAAAAUCCUA